CUCCUCUCUCUCUGCACAAAGCUGUCAAACCAUCCAAACAUCUGCCAUCCUCGUCCGUCACCCUCGGCUCCCAGAAUCACCCCCUCUCCCGUCCCCAUGGGCUCCGUCGUCCUCCCCCACCUCCGCACAGGCUGGCAUGUCGACCAAGCCAUCCUCUCCGAAGAAGACCGCCUCGUCGUAAUCCGAUUCGGCCGGGACUCCGACCCUGACUGCAUGCGACAAGACGAAGUGCUCUUCAAAAUCGCCGAGCGAGUCAAAAACUUCGCCUGCAUCUACGUGUGCGACCUCGACGAAGUGCCUGACUUCAAAGCCAUGUACGAGCUCUACGACGCGUGCACGGUGAUGUUUUUCUUCCGGAAUAAGCACAUGAUGUGUGAUUUUGGGACGGGCAAUAAUAAUAAGCUGAAUUGGGUGUUGGAGGAUAAGCAGGAGUUGAUUGAUAUUAUUGAGACGAUUUAUCGGGGAGCAAAGAAAGGGAGGGGGUUGGUGGUUAGUCCAAAAGAUUACUCGACUAGGUAUCGGUAUUGAGGGGAGGGGCUGGGGUCUGAACGUUUACUCUUACUAGAUGGGCUGAGAGAGGAAGAAAGACGGAGGGUGG